UUCAUUUAUAAAAUGUAAACAUGGAGCUAAAUCGUGUUUUUAGUGAUUUAAGAGUGUAUUAUGAACCGAAUUUACAGUGGGUGGAUGUGGAGGAGUGGCUAUAUGGUGAGGAAGCCGAAGAUGGUGUGUUGCAGCAGCGGGCGGAGAAGUUUUGGUCCCUGCCCAUGUGCCUACAGGAUAUUGGACACCAGGAGACGCAGUUGCAGUUGCUUCGGGAUUUGUCAAGUAUCAUACGCUCCAUGAGGGACGAUAACCAGGCCAGCUAUAGCAACACCCACGACAACUGGGCCAAUAUCAUCGGGAUUUCCCCGGCAAACGCAUAUCUUUCGUACAUCUAUUCGCUAACGAGCCUGGUCAUUCCUCCGGAGCAUGUGCAGCGGGCUGCUCCGCAAAACCUGAAUGAAAACCUCAAUCUCCAGCUGUCCCUGAAUGCUGCGAGUACCUACCUGCUUACUCUGACCAUUCCGGGGGCCAAGAGCUAUGGCGUCUUCGAUGAGGAUGUGAUCGAGCAGGUUCUCAAGAUAUUUAGGCUGCUAGAGCUGAAUGGUAACAAAAGCGUUCGGGCGAACACUGUCUGGAUGUUCUUCCUGACCAUCUGCGAUGACCUGAAGGUUGUCUUUCGCUAUGUGCACUUCAAGGAGCACCUGAAACCGCGAGACCGGAUAAUUCGGUGCCUCAUGGAGGUGCUCUACAUGAACUUUAAAGUGGGAUAUCAGAAUUCAUGUGCUCCCGCCUUGCAUGCGAAAUGUUUUGAGCUUUUUGGCGAAAUUGCAAACGAGCAUAAUGGAGAUGUCUACGAAACCCUUCACUUGAUCAUGCGACAGACCUUUCCUAUGCACGUCUACACGGAUAGUCCCCACAGUAUUGGAGCAGGACGUCGAGGAGGAGCGAUGCAGAGCGGGGAGCACAUAUCGGAUUGGUUUAUCCAACUUAUAGACAAGUAUCCCGACAUUCUAAUCCGUAUUCUGCAUUUCUACAUUGAGUGUGUGGUUUCCAAUCCCAUCAAAGCGUGGAAGAGCAAUGAUGAAAAGGUGGCCAUAAGCUAUGCAGCCAAGUACGACAGGAUUCUGUUCUCCAAGUGCAAUAAAUCCUGCGCAGACUUUGUUCUGGAGGCUGUGAAAGCAGACGAUGCGGUGGGGAUUCAAACUCGAGCCUUGGACCUGAUCGAGAAGAUCCUCAUGCAGCAAAGCGAGGUGGAGUGGAGCAUUUUCCGGUACGAUGUGUCCAAGGUACCAAGGGAAGUUCCUCUCCUGAGGGAGGUGAUGCGGUGUCUCAACGAUCGAACAUUUACUGUUCGCCGAAAGGCUUGUCAAGUGCUCAUCCUGGCCCUAAAACAAGGAUCCCCUAUGACCACCAAAAUUCUGGACGAGAGCAUUCGUUUCGUUCAGUUCGAGGAUGCGGAUGUGGAAGCACUAGCUGAGCCUUCGGUAGAGCAAAACGAGCUGCGUUUUGAGAAGCCAGGAGUUGUCCAGUAUGCCUUUAGUUUUGAGGGUCAUGAGGAACUGGAGGAGGAAGUCAAGAAUGUUCCUCAUACCGUGUACCAGCGGUUUCUGGCUGCGGAUAAUGGCUUAGCUCGAACUGCUGGCAUUGCUUUACUCGAAAGAUUGGUGCUCGUCAACCCCCUAAUCAUCUAUAAUACAAAUUUCGUGAGGGAAACCUCAUUGUUGGCUGUGGAUCGUCUGGCUUCGGUGAGGAGAUCAGCACUGGAUACCAUGGAAACCCUGCUCGAGGCCUACUCCAAUUGCUUUGCCUUGAUUUGUGUGUACUGCCGUAUUUGGGCUUGCUUGAUGAGUGAUGAGGAUGUGGCCCUGCAAAAACUGGCUAUAAUGAGUUUCGAUCGGAUGGUUUUGAAAAACAUUCAGCCGCUGGAAUAUUCGAAUGAAGCCAAACAUUUUAUGCCCUGGCGAAUUAUCAGUACCCUGCUAAUGACACAACCAAGAGCCUAUCUUCAAGAAAGAUUCGCUGUGUUACUGGAAAGGGAGUCCAUCGUAACACCCAGGCUGGUGAACAUUAUAAUAUCGCAUUUAUCUACAUCCAUGGCCACCGAUGCCUGGGGACUGCUGUUGCUCCUGUCCAGCCGCAUCACCAACAAUAUGGACGCACUGAUUGGCAUCUUCAAUGGUCUCUCCUCCUACAACAUGAAAUCCAAUCAAUUUCUGGCCCUUCAGCUUAUCAUUGGAUGUUUGAAGAACUUUUCCAAGCCAGCCCUGAAUCAGUUAUUUCAGAGGCUUUUGAAUGCCCUGCGCACGGGUGGCAUUUGGCUGGGCAUCAUAUCGAGUGCGGUUAAUUUGCUCAACCAAAUCCAUCACCUGUCUGUAAGUCGGGCUCCUGCAAUAGACUCCGAGGCCCCAGAUUGGCAGCUUAGUUUGCUAGAAGAUCUCACCGAGGGAAUUCUGGCCAGUGCACAUAAUUUCCAGGAUGAAUACACCCGCCUGCAGUGCCUGUUGGGUGCCUAUACGGAGAUAAUUGUGAUGCUGCCGCAGGAGGUGGACAACCGGAUCGUGAGCAUUGUAUUUAAAUACUUGCAGGAGUGCACCAAGCUCAGUGAAUCGCAAUUCGAUUCGGACAACGAACGCAUGACCAACUGGAUGAUUGUGAUAGCGGGUCGUUUGUGCCUCAGGGAGAAUCACUUGGCCAACAGCGUGUCAAAGCUUUACAGAACUAUUCUAAGUAAAAAUGACCGACCGCAGAUCAUCAACACCACUCUAAUAGCCCUGAACGAUCUGGGCAAGAAGCACCCUUCGAUUCUUGAGAGUAACUUCCAGGUGAUUUUGUCGAAACUGCAUUCCAAAUUCGCCAUGACCAGAGUGCGCACCUUUCGGUGUGUGAAGGAUGUGAUCCUAUCCGGGAACAUCAAGCUAAAGGGACCCAUUCUCAUAUCUAUGCUGGCCGGUCUGGUGGAUGAAAGUGCUGAGGUGGCCAGGGAGGCGGAUGCCUUCUUCAUUCGCUACAAGAGAUUGUACAACAAAAUGCUGUUUGAUCAUUGCCUUAAGGAGUGUCCCUUCGACCUGAAUGGCCAGGCUUCUUUGAGAGGUGUUCGGACGGAUUCCAACUAUAAAUCACCACUAAAGGGUCCAGGAAUGGCAAGGAAUCGAAGGUUGCUUUACAACCAUAUUAUGGCCUCGGUGGAUGAGAACACACUUUUGCUUUACUUUGGCCAAUUAAAGCUGCUGGCAGAAAAAACCAGAGACAAUGCUUUUGUUAGCAAUCCUGGCGCCUUGAUCGUGGUUCAGGAUAUGCUCUUUAUCAUGCGUCGCAUUUGUUUUCGCACCAAGGGUAAGGGAAAAGAGAUGAGCUCUCGUGGCGAAGGAGACAAUAACGAUGAUGGCGAGGAAGAGCCCGUGGAGGCACCACCUCCGGCACCCAAACCAGCCGCAGGAGAAGCACCAGCCAGGGGAAGAGGACGAAAGGCAGAGUCCUCCGAGGAGCCACUCAAGCAAUUGGAACGUUGUCUUCGAUAUGUGGAGGAAACACAUCGCAAUCUUAAGUCUGUGAUGAGUCCUGAACUCAGACACACUUUUGAAAACUUUUGCCGAGCACUGGCGAUGAGAUUCCCCAACUACAUUGAGUUUGCUCAGCCCGCUCAGUUCUGGCAGAAGUAUCGCUCCUCAAAGACCGCCAAGGGAGGCAGAAAGAAGCGACGACGCAUGGACGAUGAUGAAGAAGAUGAUUCCGAAGACGAUACGCAAUCGGAGAGCGACAGUGAUAAUGAGAUGCCGCUGGAGAGGCACAAGACCACGCCAGCCGGCUCCCGUUUGUCCCAAAGGAAAACAAGCUGCGAUAUGCUAGUUACGGAGCUUAUUUUCCAGCCACCGGAUUGGUAGCUCUCGCCAAGGUUUUGGUUUGUGCCGGAGAAAAAAGGUUGAUAUUUCUCGAUCUUCUUAAAUGGAAAACCUGUUUAUUUUGUUAUUAACUUUAUUUAACUGAAAAAAUUGUAUAUUUUGUACUUACAAUCGAAUAUUAUAUGAUUAUGCACUAUAAACCAAAUAUUUGUAAGGUAAACAUUUAUACUUUUGCAAUAUAGGACGAUUUAACAAAUUAAAAUUAAACUAGCUGGUAAAUCAAUUUUAAGUUUAAGGAAUUAUACAAACAAUUGUGAAAAACAGAAUUUAUUUUAGGUGAAAACUUAUAUGAAAUUAUACAUGCCUAC